UGAGUACCCUGUCGCGCGCCUCCUCCGCGUACAUGAUACCUUCCACAUGGUGCAACGAUCACGCGAACCCGCGAACCCUCCACGCGUUCAAAUCCCCCGGCCCUCCCCUAUACGGAACCCAACCGUCGCGUGAUUCUGAACAAGCCUAUUCACAUUCUCACAACCCACACUUCGCAGCCCGCAACCAUAAUCCACCCGCCAUAUGCGUGUACGCAACCACCAUAUCCCGCCGCCGCCGCCUGUAUAGUCAUAUAAUCUCCCCCCAGAAUCCUUCCAGCCGUUCCGCCACCAUGCCCUUCGGAUCGGGUGUGCCUGAGCCACGAGGAUUGCGGUUGCUUAGCACCCCAGGGUGACUCUGAGAAUGGACAGUCAACUUUCGCCUGCCAGUGCUCCCGUAUGGUCAAGCUCUGCCAAGGGGGCUGGCCGGAGUGUCUCUUGGUCUGCCGGUGAAGUAAAUCGUCUCAAGGACGUAGCGCGCUGUGUGUUGGACAUACUCCUUGAUAAUGCCUCCGCCAUGUCCUUCGGCACAGACUGUUCCGGGCCGGGGGUGUUGGGUGGGAACCGUCGGGGUUAUCAGCGGAUGCGUCGUCAGUUGGGGCCCGAAUCGCGUGUCGUAGGGCGUCAUAUCGGUUGUAUGUGCAUAGAGGGUGGGGUACAGUCUCGGCGGCCUCCCCGCGUUGAUAUUUGGUUCCGCCUUUUGGUCAGCCAGCGUUCAAUCCAUCCACGACACUCUAGCCAGAUAACCCGGCGAGAAAUACGUCGACGGAUAGACGGAGAUCGGGAAUGCGAAUGCCUCUCCUCCCUGGGAUCACUAGGUUGGAGUAUACGGGCUUGUCCUGCUGCUAUCAAUAAAAGGGGCUUCAACCAUUUGGAACCGCAACAUAUCAUGUUCCCGUCCGUCUGGUUCCGAGGUGCCGAUGGCUCUCCUUGGUGAUACAGGAGGAUAGCUAAACAAGGAGGAUCCCAGAUAGAGAGAGGAAACAGGACAUACUAGUAGAGAAGUUUUCCCUGGG